AUUAUUCCUUCAAAAAAGGAUGCAAAACAAUAAAAUUUAAUCAGAUGAUUGCCGCGAGUGGAAAGAACUCAAAAUCAGUAGCACAAAAAAUAACACAAACCGAUUGGGAUUUAAGCAGUUCCAUUACCGGUACAGUAAAAAGACGUCCAACAUCACUCGAAUCAUGUAAAUCAAAUUCCCCCAACGACAUCAAAGACAAUAUUGAUUUCCCAUCAGAGCACAAUGGAAAUGCAAAAGACAUCGUUAGUCGUUCAUGUAAAAUUAAUAAGCUAGAUGAUGAUUCAUAUGAGAAUGAUGAUUUGUGUAAGGAAAUUGAGAAAGGAAAUAAGACGAAACGAAAGGAGGAAAAAAUCGAUAAUUCUUCAAUAAAAAGGAGGAUCUUGAAAUUGCCGGAAUCAGCAAGAAAAUCAUUCUCGUCGAAACUCAAACUGCCCCAUUCAUUAACUCUCUCGUCUCGUAAUAAAUUAUCGCUAUCGCAAUUAGAACAGAAAAACAAUUUAUUCAUUCGUGAUGGGCAGCAGCAGCAGCAUCAACAAAAACAAGAGAAAGGUCCUGAAAGUGGAAAGAUAAACAAAGCAGUUGAGGGAGAAAUGGCAAAAAAUACAAAUUUAAUCUCGUCGGGAAGGAGCAGCAACAAAAACAAUUCAAUCGCUGUUGUCAUGGAUCAUCAAAAUGCCGAGGGAAAUAAUUCAUCAAAAAUGAGCAAAAAAUCCUUAAUUCCAUCAUUCUUAAGUACAAAAACACACAGCAAUACUAAUCACAUAAAAAUUCCAUCAACGUCAAAAGCUCAUUCAAAUAUCAUAGCUGAGAAGUUGACAAAAACUGGCAAUAAAUUCAAGGAAUUGUGUGCACAGAAAGAGAAUCAAAAUCAUACGAAAAAACCACCUCCAUAUCGUCCACCACCUCCCAUUCCGACAAGCAAUGAAAGUAAUAGUAAAAAAAUUCGAUUAUCGGAAAUUGUGGAUAGAAAUUACGAGGAAAUUGAUGAAAAUUGUGGCAAUAAUGAUAACAUAUCAACAACAAUCAAUACCCAAGCGAUUAUUCAUGCUGAAUGUGGGGAAGAAUCAAAUGAUACGGAAAUCAAUAGUACGCUCGCCAAAGCAGAAUAUCCAUCGAAUAUGUUUAAGAAUAUUCCCGUCCGUCCAAGAAAAGGCCAGAUAUCUCAUAUGGAGAAUUAUUGCCUAUUCGAUCCGUCUGUCGAUUUCUGCAAUGAAAAGGAUUUAAUGAAAAUGACAAAAGUUCCGAUUGAGAUAAAGUCUAAGACAGAUUCACCUCGACAUAAGCCUGCACUUAAUGUUGAUGUGAACGAGGAGAAAAUUGAAGAUGUAAUAUUUGAGGAUCAGACUUUAUAUGACAUUACAGAGCAUGAUGAAAGAAGUUCUGAAGACAAAUCCUUAGCACAUCACAAUUACUAUGAAAUUGAUCCAGAAUUGCUUGAAAAAGAAGAAGAAAUUAAUGUAAAAAGUUUGGCUGAGGAACUCGAAGAAUCAAAACGACUCGAACAAAAUAGAAAAUCGAAAAUUUAUAGUAAUUCUUUAUCAUCAUCGUCCGAGUCAACGACAUCAACAAGCAAUUCUGUUGGUAAUUCAAGUUCAACCCACACAAGUAGCUCCGACUAUCCAUCACUGUUCAAUUCAGUCAUUGAAACUACACAUUCAUCAACAGUGGAGUCAACAGACGAAAAUGAUUCAAAUGGUUAUGGAAAAGUGAAAUGUACAGCAACAGCAGACUCUAAUGAAAGCAUAAUUACUGUUCAAAAUGCUGUUGUCACAUGUGGUGAUUCUAAUGCUACAUUACAGGGUAGUACGGGUGCGACAAAGAAGAAAUCUCCACAACUCAAUCGAAUUACUCGUCCAACAUCUCGAAAUUCAUCAAAUAAUAAUAAUAACAUUAGUGCCAAACAGCAGCAGCCAAGCACAAAAACAACUAAAUCAAUAUCAACAAAAAAAUCACAAUUUGAUCCAUUAAAACAGAGCCACUCAUUGCCACAUUUGCAAAAUGUCAGUGUACAGAAUAAAUGUCGACAGCAGGGCAAUAAUGGUAACAAAAAUGAAUUUAAUUUCGUAAUUGACAACACGACAACAUCCAUUCAAAUGCGACGCUCACAUAAUUCACGACAAAUUCGACCUUUAUCGACGCAUAGUGAUGAUAGGGACAGUGGAUUUUUGAGUCCCGCCACACCUCCUGAUUGCCAAAAUGUACAUAAUAAUGUUAUUGUUCCACACGGUGGACAAAUUGAGGAAGGUAGAACAAAAACCGAAUCGACACUACUAAAUCAAUGUGAUAAUAUUCAACAAAUGAUUGAAGUGAGUGGAUUUUAA